GAUUCCCAACCUGAAGGUGCGGGGAAACCGACGACCGAAAGCUCACAAUUCACUUACCCAACCUUGAAGAUUCCGAAAGUCGAUGCCCGUAGGAAAGUCCGAAUCUCACAAACAAUCCAGGGCUAGGCCGUAUAUCAAACUCAUUACACUCCUUGUGUUGCCCGUGAUCCUGGCCGUCAUUCUCCCCCGCCUGAAUCUCAUCUUUAACCACCUUGCCCGCCACUCCUCAAAGACAACCAUCACCACGAUGACAUCCAAUAUCUACGCCCGCGAGCUCGAGGUCGCCCAGCUGGCGGUGCAGCGCGCCUCCAUUCUCACCAAGCGUGUUUUCCACGAAAAAGCCAAGGGCACCGUGUCUAAGGACGACAAGUCGCCCGUUACCAUUGGCGACUUUGGCGCGCAGGCCCUCAUUAUUGCCGCGCUCAAGGCCAACUUCCCGCAGGACGCCAUCGUCGCAGAGGAGGAGGCCGCCCAGCUGCGCGAGGACGCGCAGCUCAGGGAGCAGAUCUGGCAGCUGGUGCGGGAGACUAAGCUGGAUGAUGUGCAGGCCGAGGGUCUGCUUGGCGGUGGCAUUAAGGAUGUCGAUGAGAUGUUGGAGGUGCUGGACCGCGGGCGCAGCGAAGGCGGUCGGGUUGGGCGGGUGUGGACGAUCGAUCCCAUCGACGGGACGAAGGGGUUCCUGCGGGGCGGCCAAUAUGCCGUGGCGCUGGCGCUGCUGGAGGACGGCGACGUCAAGGUCGGCGUGCUGGGGUGCCCUAACCUACCGGUCGACGACUCCGCGCCACUGACUGCGGAUAUCGGCGCCAACCAGACGGAUGAUGAGGGAAGGGGCGUGAUCUUCUCCGCUGUGAUCGGACUAGGGGCUACGAGCAGGCCGCUGCGCACGGGCGCGCUGGCGGAGGGUACCAGGAUUUCGAUGAAGCCGACCACCGAGAUGAAGAACGCGAGCUUCUGCGAGAGUGUGGAGGCGGGACACUCGAACCAGUCUGAAGCAGCGCAGAUUGCGCAGAAGCUGGGCAUUACGAACCCGAGCGUCAGGAUGGAUUCGCAGGCCAAGUACGGCUCGAUUGCCAGGGGUGCUGGGGAUAUCUACCUGCGUCUGCCGACCUCCAAGACCUACCAGGAGAAGAUCUGGGAUCAUGCAGCGGGUGACUUGAUCGUCCGGGAGGCUGGAGGCCAGGUCACCGAUACCAGGGGGCAGCGUCUUGACUUUGGGGUCGGCAGGACGCUGGCUACCAACAGCGGCGUGAUUGCGGCGCCCGCUGCAGUCCACAGCCAAGUGCUUGAGGCCGUUCAGGAGGUGCUGGGGCUGAAAUAAGCAGUCGGCGCAAUUCAAUGCCCAAUAAUGUACAUAUAUUUUAUUGCACAGAUACAGCCACACAAAAGUCCGGCGGCGCGAGGCCCUACUUCUAGACAUACAAGCACCCACGUCCCGCGACUUUAUUUAAUCUUCUUCUGCUUCAGCUUGAUCGUCUCGUCGUUGACAAAGAUACCCUUGCCCUUGUAUGGCUCGGGCACUCUCCACCUGCGGAUCUCGGCGGCGAACUGCAUGACCUGCCUUUUGUUGAUGCCCUCGAGUAGCACUCUCGUCGGUUGUGGUGCGCUGGCCUUCAUUCCCAAGGGCAGGCCCAUCUCCACCGGGUGUGAGAAGCCUAGCUUCAGGCAGACAAACUGCUGCCCGGGGUAUUCCUCCUUCUCUGGCCGCGGCUCGACCGUCGCCCUGAAACCGAUUCCCACUAGACGCAGCACGGCCGUGUGACCCUCUGACACACCCAUAAUGUUGUUGUUGAGGUCCGCCCAUGUCGUCCCUGCAAG